AUGACUUCUGAAGUCGCCAUUCCUGGAACUGUCCAGCUAGUUGAUGUCCAAGGCAUCUUCAACGUGAAACAUGGCCAGCAAUCACGCGACAUCGUCCUCGUUCCGCAGCCCAGUGACGACCCCGAUGAUCCUCUACGCUGGAGUAUCCCUCGAAAAACAAGAAAUAUCAUCUGCGCCAUGGUAUGGUGCUUCUUUGUUGCUGCCAUGAUUUCUGGCUUGUCACCAGCUUAUAUCUUGAUCGAGGAAGACACCGGUAUCUCCAUCGCAGACCUGAGUACUGGUAAUGGUAUUCUCUUCCUCUUUCUUGGUUGGGGAACGAUGAUUACUCAAUGCGUUGCUCUUGCAUAUGGUCGGCGCCUGACUCUUAUUGUUUCUGUCAUUCUCACCACGGGCAUUACUCUUUGGACAGCCUUUAUUAAGUCGAGAGGAGAGUUCUUCACCAACCGAGUUCUGCUUGGUAUCUGUGCUUCGCCCCAAGAAACACUUAUCGAAGUCAUCAUUGGGGACAUCUUCUUCGCUCACGACCGAGGCUUUUACAUGGGUGCUUACAGUUGGACCUUGUGGUGCGGCGCGUUCCUUGCACCUGUGGCAUCAGGCUAUGUUGCCCAAGAACUCGGCUGGCGAUGGAUCCAGUAUAUCCUCACCAUAAUCGGAGGAAGUGUUGCAAUCAUCACAUUCUUCUUGUUCGAAGAGACCAUGUUCUACCGCCACCAUGACGUCGGAAACUUGUCUGAUACAGCUGCACUCGACCCAACUACUAUCAAAGCCUCUGCGACAGUCGGAAAGGAUAUCGAAACUCAGUCAGAAAAACAAGACCCCUCAGUCCAAGACGAGAAGUCCACAUCACGAUCAAUGGAGGCAGUGGCGUAUACACCAGGUGAAAGCGAAAAGACAUAUCUGGGGAAGCUCAAGGUCUGGGGUUAUCACGACUCUCGACAGCCCAGCACCUUCAAGCUCUUCUUCCUCCCCAUUCGACUGCUCUUCGCUUUCCCCGGUAUUGGUUUCGGUGGUCUUCUCGUCGGUGGAAUCCUUGCCUGGUACAAUGUUGUUGGAGGCUCAUUGGCACUGAUUCUGGGUAACCCACCAUACAACUUUAGUGCCAACAACAUUGGACUCACGUAUCUGGCGUCAGUUGUCGGUGUAACUGUUGGGUGCUUCCUGUCAGGCUGGAUGUCAGAUGCCCUGGCUUUGUUCCUUGCCCGUCGAAAUGGAGGUGUCAUGGAACCCGAGCAGCGUCUCUGGACUUGUCUUGUCGCCCUCGUCAUGCAUCCUGCAGGUUGUUUGCUCUACGGCGUUGGCGCUUCAUAUCACAUCCAUUGGUUCGGGGUUGUGUUUGGUCUUGGCCUGAUCUGCGUCACUCUUCCAAUGGGGUCCAACCUUGCCUUCACUUAUAUCCUCGACACUUACAAGGAGGUCGCCGGAGAAGGUCUUGUAUCGACCAUCCUGAUUCGCAACAUGAUGGGUUUCGCGUUUGGGUACGCGGUGGUUCCAAUGAUCGAGAACCUUGGACUUCGCAAUGCAUUCAUCCUCAUUUCCGUGUUGGGAGAAGCUGUCUGGUGCACUGCUAUCAUGAUGAUCUACGUUGGCAAACCUUUGAGACGUUGGACUGCACACUCUUAUUGGAACCUCAUUGAGCAUUACGGCGCGACUGCUCACUGA